UUGCAUACGCAACGCUUCGACCCAGGAAAUGCUACUGGAACCAGGCAAUGGAGGCGAGACCAGUAACAAAGGAAUGUUAAGAAUGUUCUGUGCCUGCCACUCCCCCACAACCUUUGGCUGACAACGUCAGUGGUGACGAUGCAGGCGUGAUGGGUUCUUUGUCUACAUCAUCCGCAUUCAUGAAGAACACGGCAGGGAAACAGUGUCUCGGUACCGAUCACUCGGCCCGUAUGAUAACAACCGAGCAAAGCAAAGAAAAAAAGAUAAGGCUAUAAGAUGUUUCGGGUAGAAAUGUAUGGUUCAUGAUGACAUCUGGAGAAAGAGAAGUGUGUGGUUGCAGGAAAAGGAGAAAGUAGAAAAGAGUCAAGGACGAGCAAGUCAUUACGCACCUACCUCUAAAGUCCCUCCUUCCACUUUUUCCAAGCAAAAUACCAGAACAACAGGAAAUCCACAAUGGUCCCCUUUUUCUACCCACGCAAAGGCCAAAAGCCUCGUCUCCCACACUCCAACGCCUUCGAACAUACCCAGAAACACACCCGCCACACCUCAUCAACAUCAGAAACCUCCACAACCUCAUCCACAGACUCAGAACCACACACACUAUCCGGUGCCGCAGAUCUGUGCUCCUACACAGCGAAUAUGCGCCGCUGGACACUCGACCAACUCCAUACCUCCUUCCCUAGUCUCCCCUCAACACCUUCUCGUGGCUUAUCUUAUACCUCCAACACUGCAAUUUCGAAUGUCAUAUCUCCUCUGUACCCUACAAAUUCUUCGUUGUAUAAUUGCAGUAUCAGGACUCCGAGGCUUGGGGCUAGUGGUAACGGAGAGGAUGGCGAGGCGAUGGGGGAUGUGGGUACUACACCUUGUAAUACACCGAGGAAUAGAGGGUUGAGGAGGAGAAGUACGGUCGUUGCCACCAAGAGGGGAAGGGUCAGAGAAGAGGUUCCGGCCGAGGGGAAAAGUCAGGCUAGAUUGAGACCAGUGGAGAUGAUUAGGAGUCUGAGUUGCGGUGGUUGAGUUCUGAGUAUCGAGAUUGAACGGGUCUUGAUGCUGUUGUUCCCAACGUGGUCGACUGUUUUCUCGGUGUCGAAGUCA